UUUUUUUCCUUGCUUUAGGAGACUUGUGAUUAAUAGCUUUUACGAAAUAUAACCUUGAAACCUUCCUCAACAUACACUUUAAACCUGGGCUGAUCCACUUACAAGACCAAAAAAAAACUACUUUUCCUAAGAUCUAAAUAUACUUAGGUCAUCCCCACUUGAAAUUUUGUUGGAAGUUUUUGCACGGAUUUUCAACCCAUGUCUUCUAAUAAUACCACAUCUGCCACUGUCACUGCCACAUCUAAUCUGAGCAGGUUCAACGCAAUGUCAUCUCCCGAUUCACUUUCAGAUUCUGCCAGUGAGCAUGAAGCUUUAGUUUCUGCGGCUGAAGCCUUGACUCGUUUGACAAGAAGUGCCACCCCUUCCUCUGAUGCCGAUACCAUUGUCUCAGAGAGUUUGCCUUCACCUACACCACAACCACCACAACUUCAACAUCCACUUGUGUCUACAGUGUCGAUGGUUGCUCAGCAUCCCUUAGUUAAAGGAGCAGUGAAAUACUACGAAACUUCAAAGAGAAAUUGCCCACCCUUAAAUUAUGCUGCCGGGAUUUUUGAAAAGGCUGCCAUUCCCAUGGUCAACAAAAUUGAAGUUAACUUAAAUAAUAGACAUCAAACUAAACAAGCGUUACAUUCGGCUUCUUCUUCCGCUGACAUCACCCCUUCAAUCUCCAUUGAUACUUUUGACAAUAAACAAAAGAAGAGAAGAUUAACCAACGACGAUAAACCACCACAAGUUUCAGACAAUAAGAAAAGAUUACAGUUCUGCUUGCACGUUUUAAGAUUAGCAAACGAUACCAUCAAUUCAAAGGUUAAUUAUUUACAAGAAAAAGUUGUAGAAACAGAAAUGGCAGUUAAGGAAGAACGAGAAAAGAUUCAACAAAAUGAAAAUGACGAAGAUGUAGAUACAAAGACUCAAAAAACUAAAACAGAAAUCGUCACAACAGUAAAGAAAAUAAUCCGUUUGAUUUCAAACUUCCGUCCUUCCACAUUAUCCACUGAUUCCUUGACUCCGGUCUCCAGUAACACAUCUACAUCGUCGUCGGUUCAACUUCAGAAUUAUGAAUUGAAAACUGCCAUUCGUGAUAUAAUAUUAAGUCUACCAACUUCAUUACAACAACCAGGCACAACCACGCCCGGAGGUACCACUCAACAAUCUAAUGACAGAAUAAUAGUAUUCGCCAAGGAAUCAUUAGAAAUGAUUUCAAAAUUAACCAAUGUCUUCAAUGAUCAAUUAUCUAAAGCUGAAAGUUGGGUUAAUGGUGAAGAAGAACUAGACCAGAAUAUGGAAGAUGUUACUGUCACAAGUGAAGUGCCAUCUAGAGCUUCCAGUGCAGAUCCAGAAGAGUUAACAACGGCAACAAAGAGAAUGAAAAUUAAACAGUAGGUAAAUCUCUCUCUUUCUCUUUUUUUUUAUAGGUGUAUUAUAUAUAUAAUUGACGUACUGAAAUUUCUAUUAGAUACUAAAAGUAUACUUCAGUAAAGCCUUUUGCAGUAAACUUUUUCAUACAUUUUGUUUCGGGACAUUUCGAAGGGGCAAAUAUACUUGGAUUUAAUAUUGUUAAACCCAGACGAGUAGCCUUAGUGCGUCGAGGUCUAUUACCAAUAUUCUUGACGCAUCUUCCACAAAAUGUAUGUCCGCAUUUAGCUACAAAUAUUCUCUUUGACAACUCCUUGUCCACUUGAGUCAUGGGGUAUAUGCAGAACCAAGGAGCUUGAACCUGGUAUUGUCCAGUAUACUUAUCAAAAUGCUCAUUAUAGGCUGGGUCAGCCGCAAAAUCUUCAGGUAUACCUUCACCCAAUACAAUCCCACACAAUUCACAUACGAGAUUCUCAUCUGAUUUAAUAGUAGUAACAUGACGGGUUUGUUCGUUGUGGUUAGCAGCCAAUUUUUUCUUCUCUUGUAAUGCCUUAUUAUUAUACAGGGUUUCUCGUUGUAAUCGUUCAUUUAAGUCACGUUCAUUAUCACGUUCUAUCCUUCGUAAUAUUGAUUCUUCCACCGCAUUAGAUUCAAAUCCACCACUUCCAAUGCCUUCCAUAGCGUCCAUCAUAUUCUGAAAGUAUGCUAUUUCUUCGGGGUCUGGAUGGUUCCGAAACGGAAGUAUGUGAAAAGGACGACCAAAAUUAAGGAUUCGCAGUAUAAGUGGUGGUCCCGGUGGUCGUGCCUGUAUAUGUCGUCUGCUGUCUCUAGCUAAGCGUGAUUGUUGCAUUCGUUGCUGUGCUGCUCGUCUCAGUGACUCCAACGGUUGAUGUGCUAAUCGUCGCAAGGUAGCCCGUUGGGGCGGAUGCACCACUAUAGGUUCAUGCUGCUGUACGGGUCUUCUAUCAGGCAUAAACACUCGAAAUUGUCCAAAUGGAGUGUGUACUGUGUGAUGAUUGUGGUGAUUAUUUCCUAUUCGUCGCACAUUUGUGAUUUCUACAUCAUCUUGCAAAUCUGCGUCACCCGUUUCCUCAGGAACAAACAAUGAAUUUACACUUGAGAUAUUCUCUGUUAUAGGCGUGGGGUUUUCUGUAUUGACACUGACAAUCUCCACUUCAUUGUUGAAACUGGAAUCUGGCUCUGGUUCGUUAUCUAGAUCUAUUAUUUCUGGUUCUUCAUCGGAUACGAUUUCUACUAUGGAGUUGUGGCGAGGAGGAUUACUGGAUGUUGAUUCAUGAGGCGGUAGUGAAUGUUUCCGAGGUCGUGAAGGCACCGAGAUAUUAGGUAUAUUGUUGGUUGGGUCCAUUUAUUGUUUUGUCAUAUAAGAAGGGGUGUCU